GUUGGGUGAGCACACUGUUAAUUCAAAAAAUGGUGAGCCAGGCAGUGCUGAACCCAUUGCAUCAGCAGAAAUGUCAUUUUGGAGAGCUCCAGACUGGCCCCUGCUCCUCUGAAACUCUUGCUUUCAGGAAAAAAAAUAAAUGUUUCCCGCUGUUCUUGACAUUUUCUUAUUAUCUAUGUGUGCUUAAUCCUUCUCUGUGUCAUGCUGAGCUUAUGAAAAAGCAAUUUAGGGGCUUUAUUCCAAGGAAAAUUGGGAGUUAGCAGCUUUUACCAGUCCUUAUACCAGGGCAUAUGUUACAUCCAGUGGUUAGGAAAGGCAAAGGGGAAGAGCACUGCAGACUUUAACUGUGCAGGAUCUGAGUUUGGAGCUCCUGUCCCACUCUUUAGUUGUGAUUUUGGGGCUGCAGCUGUUUGAGUCUUGUUACAAAGCAAGGACUUUUGCACAUUUUAAGGUGCAGGUGUUCCAAAGCCCUUUGAUCAUUUGUGGUUUGGGUUUUUUUGCCUGGCUGGUGUGUGUGACCUCACAUAAAACAUCAGCAGCAUCCGCUGAACCCGCCUGCAGCUUUGCCCCAGAAAAGGUAAGAAAAGUUGCUUUUUAAAAUUGAUAUUUGCAACCUGCUCCUCAGGGGGACUCCAGACCUACUUCCCUGCCUCUGCCUCGGGCCAGGCUGCUUUCCCUGAGCAAUCUGGCACGCAGCCCUCACCUCCUGGCGCUGGGCAGAUAAUUACACUCAUUAAAGGAGAUGUCAGGUUAAUUCUGAUGCAGCAAUUAGGCUUUGGCACAGGAGCUACCAGGGCUUGAUCUCUGGGAAGCACAGAGGAGUUCCAGCAGGGUCAGAGGUGGGAACAGAGGGACCCUAAAGCCAACCCAUGGCAGGGUGGAGGAGGGAAUUGUGGAAACAGGGACUUGUAAAUUAGGGAGUGCUGCUGCUUGGGAUUGGGAUGCCAGACCUUGGCCACCUUCUUCAUAGGAUCCCAAUGAUAAAUAAUAUAGAGAACAAACGUUUCCACCUCCCCUGAAGCUGCCUAAAGGCUAACUGGCAAACCAAAAGCUGAAAUGAUGUCAAGGAGUGCCCAGAGGAUGAUAAACCUGUCUGGGACACGUGCAGGAGCAGAUAAAGAAGCCUCCAGUGGGAUUUUGGCAAAUUGUGCAAAAAGGAGCAACAGAAAGAAAGUUAGAAAAGUUUACUCCCGCCAAUUUUGGUGCCAUUUGGGGUGAACCCACACAGGAGACAUUCCUGGUGUCCCCUGAGGCUCCGGGAUUUUCCAUGCUGGCACUUUCCUGGAGAAAAUCACAGAUUCCCCCAGAUUCAUUUGGGACACAGGUAGGAUCCCACUGUGACACUGAGGCAUCCUCUUGAGUUUGGGGAUCCUGCCCACAUCAGACACCUGAAAGUUGGUAUUUUAGAAUUUAAUAUCUUGAAGAUCUUGGGUUACUUUGAUAUUUUUGAAGCUUGAUGUUCUGGUAUUUUGUUUUAGUAUUUUGGAACUUGGUAUUCUAAUAUUUUGAAACUGGGUUGUUUUGGUGUUAUGGAACUUAGUAUUUGAAUAUUUUAAAUAUGUGUUACUUUGGUAUUUGAAAACUUGGCAUUGUGGUACUUUAAAACAGAGAUUUUGAAACCUGGUUUUCUAAUAUUUUGGUGGAAGAGCUACCGGCAUUUAGAUUGUCAAUGAAAAAAGGAAGUUUAAGACUUAGCUGUGAAGUCCAGUGCAUAGAGAACUGAAAAGGCCAGCUGCAGGCAUAGAUAAGAGAGAAAUAAAGAUAAGAAAACAUUUGGGAGGAAGGCAAAAGUUGCCUGGCUCCUAUUUUCAUAGGACAAUCCUCAGGUGAUAUUAGAAUAAAACUACCAAAAAUCCAAGAAAUGGAUGGUUUUAAUACAGGUAAACUAUUUGAAGUUGCAUGGGCAGUGUAUCAAAAUGUGCAAAUCCAAAAAAAAAAAAAAAAGAAAAGAAAAGAAACAACAGGGAAAAAGCUAAACAGAAAAUUAUAGCAAUUAUAAAAGAAAACAGCAAAAAUUUCUUAUCCCCAGGGAGGAGUCCUGUACCGAGGGAAGGGCUUCAGAUCCUCCAUCUUCAUUAGGAAGAUUGGGAAUUAAUCAAUACACAAAUUACAAAAUAAAUAUAAAUACUGGAAGGAGAAGUAUCCUCAGGUAAAACCCAGAACUCCUCCAAAGCCUCUGAUGGCAACAGCAGAGCCUCUGGUAACAACCACACCAAGAAAUAAAAACCUGCAGUUUUUAGAAGGCACAGGAACCAAUUAUUCAGUAUUAAAUACCAAUUAUUCAGUAUUAAAUACCAAUUAUUCAGUAUUAAAUACCAAUUAUUCAGUGUUGAAUGCAAGGGAAGUUUAGGGAUGCCUCCAUCACAGUUGUUGGUGCCGCUGGAACUCGUGAACUGUGCCCCUUUUUCAAAACACUGAAGUUCAAACUAGGAAAAUUAUAAAUAACCCAUCAAUUUUUGUACCUGUCUAACUCUCCAAAACUGUUAUUAAGGGAAAAAAAAAAAAAAACUUGUUGGGAAAAUUGAGUGCAAAAAUCAAGUUUCAGGAAGGAGACAUUCAAAUUAAAAUCCCUGUGUCUAAAUACAUGUAAACUUCAAUUUUUUAUAAUACGCUGGCUUUCCAAUCUGAACCAAGCCCAAAGAGAAUUAAGGAUGCAGUAAUCCCCUUUGUGUGGGCCAGGGAGAUUCCUGGAAAAUCAAAAAGAGCAGAAUCUGUGAGAACCAAAUUAAAUCAGACGCAGGCCUGGUGAGACAAAACCAAUAUCCUUUAAAAUGAAAACAUUGAAAAGGCUCAUGACCUAAGAUUAAGAAAAUUUUAUGGUACAGGUUGUUGGUGAAGUCCAUUUUUACCAGACAAAAAUGUUAAAAGUAAAGAUUAUCAGUUAGCACAAGACUCAGGAGCAAUUAAUAAAACUGCUAACUAACCCAAAAAUUGCUAAGUAACCCAAAACACUUAUAAUCACACUAAAAAAAAAAAAAGUAAACAAAUAAAUAAAUUUGUAUAAAUUUGGAAUGGCUCACUGUAAUAGAUUUAAAGGAAUUUUGGAUUAUUUGUCCACCCUUUGUAUGGACUCUUAAAUAUUUUAAAUAGUAAUAGCCAUCUAUAGUUUAUAGCCAUGAAUACUUUUAGAUACAUAAAUAAUUUUAAAUACAGAAAUACUUUAUUAUAUGGCCUGAUGAUACUCAGGCUGCUUUCAAAUUACUUAAAAAGCCCUGAUGAGGUCUCCAGCUUUGGUCUUCCUGUAUCCUGGGAAAUCUUUUGAAUUAUUCCCUCAUGCCAAGGCUGGCCCAGCUGUUUGUGAGCAGUCACUGCAGGGCCAGAUAUUAAACCAGAAUAUAGCACAAAAAUUCAGUUAAUUAUAUUCUAAAUUAUUCUAAAUUAUAUUCUAAAUUUCACCCUGGUGGACGGGCGCUCACCCCUGCUGGACAAGGAAUAGUUUCUGAGGGAAUAAAGCAGGGACAGAGGCUAUCAAAUGUGGAAACUCUCAGAUUCUCAGGAAUUCUCUCAGAAAUAUCAGGAGAUUAUUGGCAAAUUGACUUUGCAGAACUUCCAUGCAAGGACAACUGUAAAUUUCUUUUAGUGGAUCCCUGCACUGGGUGGCCUGAAGCAUUUCCCUGUUGCACCAACGUGGCAAAAGAAGCAGUGGAAAUAUUUCUAAAUCAAAUAUUUCCAUGCUUUGGAGCUCCUCUAGGAAUGCCAUCAGACAGAGACUCUCGUUUUAUAGCAGGAAUUGUGGGACAAGUUAGCAAGGCCUUGGGACUCCAGUGGGAUUUACACACCCCAUGCUGGUCACAAGCCAGUGGAAAGGCAGAAAGAAUGAAUUGCACUGUUAAAGUUAAAUUAUUACCCCCAGCCAGAAUAAAAUUGAGGAAAAAGAAUGAAUAAUCUUGCAACAGAAGUGUUUCUCAUAUCUGUAAGAGGUAUCUCAAUAAUUCACCAAAAUCUUUGUUUGCCAAAGACACCUUUGGAGUUUCACAGAGGGAUGAGGCAGGAAAAUUCCUAUGGAAAUUUCAAGUAGACAAAAUAUUAAAUGUAACUAAUUUUUGGAUAUGUUCUCAACGAAUGUUGAGGCUCCACAGAACCACACAGCCUUAAGGAAAAAAUUGCUAUUAUAGGACAAGAAGGUUGCACUUCCAUCAGGGGUGAGCUUGAAGCCCAGCAGACAAAAAUGGAGAGAAAAAGCAAUAGAAGAGUGGCAGAAAGAAGAAAACUCUUUGAUGAGGUUGGCUUCACUCAUGGCUGCCAGGCUGGGGGCUGCUACAGAAUGCAUUUGUGGCAGUCAUUUGCAACCACUGCAGAGGGUUUUCUUGCUUGUGUUUGCUUGCUGCAACACUUUGUGCUGAAAAAUGAAGUGUUGUGACUUGCCUAAAAGAGGCAGUCUCAAGAAAAAGGAGUGAUUUGAUAAAUAACAAAGAGAAUAAAAAAUUUCAGCUCCCCUUAAGCUGCUGGGAGAGAGCAGAGUCUUUUUUUUUUUUUUUAGUGUUCAUUUCAGGUGAGAAGAGGCUGCAGCUCCCACAUGGUUUGGUGCCAGGAUUCCAUGCAAGCCACAGCUGCAGAGACCCACGAAGUGCCAGUCAGCUUAAGAAAAGUCUCUAGGAUAUGAAACAGGCAAUUUUUGGCAAUGCCCUUCACAAAAUAUUUUGCAGUUGGAACAACAAGAGAUGGGAAAUAGCGUUGAGAUAAUUGAAAAUUAUGAUUUCUGACUGAGAGCACAGAGAAAAAUAAAAUAUUUCACCAUGCAAAAGGGCUUUCUAUAAAACCAGAAAUAUUUGUUUUGAUGCAAAAUGGGGAUGGGAGGGGGCCUCAGCAUCUCAGGGGUGAGGAGACAAUACCAGGGUGAUUUAAUUCGCUGACAGAGAAACUUCAGUGCUGCAAGGAACUUCCCUGACUGCAUCAAUAUGAAAUGGUUUUAGUGUUCAGAAACAAUUUCAGUGUGCAGAAACAUCCCCGUUCAUCUGAAAACAAGGAUUGAAUGGAUGGUUUUUGAAGUAAAAUGGCCUUGGCAAGAGGAAGCAGCUUGUGUUCUCUGUCACCCCUUUCCCUUGGAGUUCUCUCAGUGAAUUUUAGGUUGGACACUGGGGCUUGGAGCAGCCUGGCACAGUGGAAGGUGUCCCUGCCAUGGCAGGGGUGGCACUGGGUGGGCUUUGAGGUCCUUUCCAACCCAAACCAUUCCAUGGUUCCGUGGUUCUUCCUAUCAAGGCCACUGCCAGCCCUUGAUCCCUGCACAGGGACCUGCUGGGAGAGGAUUCAUGGACAGGUGUGCCACCUGCAAAACUCCUAAAAUGCAAUGUUUGCAAUUUGCAUGCAUUUGCCAGCAUUUGCAUCGCCCAGCUGCGUGUGUUUGUGUGUUUUUGUGUGUGUACAAGCUGUGCUCCUUCACACAUGGCCUGAAAGGGGAAGGCAAUCUGGUUCUGGAAAGAAAAAAAUGGUAAAGGUGGGAGGCUGCUCACCCAGCUUUCCAAAACAAGGAGAUUUUAAAAGUUUUUUUUAAGGUCUGUUACCAAUGCUGGAAACAAAUAUAAGUAAUGGUCAUGUUACAUUGGUCUGAUUCUACUGAAAUCUUGUAAAAUGGUUGUUGUGUGUUAUGGCACCUUGCACUUGGAUAUUUGUGGAAAGGUUUUGAUGGGUUUUAACAGAAUAUUGCUCUCCAUUGUUUCCUUAUUUCAGUGUUUGGUCUGUACAUGUUUUGGAUUUUCUGUAACAGAGAAAUAUCAGACUCUCAAACAGACUUCUGUGAGCAGGUGACAGGAAAAAACCUUUGUACAUCUCCAUUGUCAACCUCAGAACGCCUUCCUGUCCUGCAAACACAAUUCAGGUCGUUCAUGUGCUUCCUCCCACGCCACUGAAGAAUAGCAGCUGUCCCAACUUCAAAAAUGUGACUCAUGGCCCCUCCAGCAAAAGGAUCAGGAGCAGUUUCUGGCUUGGUGCAAGAGCCCCACAGGAGACAAAGGUGAUGAAGAUGAGGGGAACCUGGCUGAGUGUGCCCCUGGGACACCUGCUGGCUCUGGGACACAGGCACAAAUGGAGAAACAUGAUGGAUUCCAGAAAGUUCAGGCUGUUUGUCUGCCUGGUGGGGCUCAGCAGUGCCAGCCUCUGGAUUUUCCACACCUGGACCGAGCUCUGCGUGUUCUGUGAGAGCAGCCAGGGGUACCUGUUCCCCACGGAGACUUUCAGGAGGAUAGAAGGGAACUUCUCCCAGCUCCCAGACGUCGACUGCCACAAGAACCCUCCCUUCCUCGUCCUGCUGGUGGCGUGCUCAUUCCAGGAGCUGGAUGCCAGGAUGGCCAUCCGGCACAGCUGGGGCAAGGAGAGGACAGUGGCUGGGAAGCGCCUGGUGACCUUGUUCCUGCUGGGGAGCCCUGGGGACCCCAGCCAGCAGGCUGACAUCGCUGCUGAGAGCCAGAGGCACAGAGACAUCAUCCAGAAGAACUUCACAGACACCUAUUACAACCUGACCCUGAAGACCAUGAUGGGGAUGGAGUGGAUCCACAGGUUCUGCUCCCAGUCCAGCUUCGCCAUGAAAACCGACACGGACGUGUUUGUCAACGUUUUUUACCUCACUGAGCUGCUCCUGAGGAAAAAGAAGAGCACUGGGCUCUUCACAGGCUUUUUAAAACUGCACGAGUACCCCAUCAGGACAAGAGGGAGUAAGUGGUAUGUGAGUAGGGAAGAGUAUCCAGGAAGCACCUACCCACCCUUUUGUUCCGGGACUGGAUAUGUUUUAUCCAGCGACGUAGCCAGCCAGAUCUAUAACAUUUCUGAGAGUGUUCCAUUCAUUAAACUGGAGGAUGUGUUCAUAGGGCUGUGCCUCGACAAAUUAAAAAUUCAGCUGGAGGAGCUUCACUCGGAGCAGACGUUUUUCCCAGAAAGGAUCAGGUUCUCUGUUCCUCGUUUCAGGAAAAUUGUGACGUGCCAUGGAGUAAAACCAUCCGAGCAGCUGAGCUACUGGAACCUCUUAGUGGCAGCAGCUCAGGGAGGAGUGCUCUAGCACCUACCCUGCUCCACUCAACAGACUGAAAUUCUCUGCUUUUACAGGGCUGCUCCCCACUCCAGCAAACUCCCAAUUAACUCCAGCUCCAUCACGUUAAAGGCUUUAGAAAUGGUUGUUUUAAUCACAGAAUCAGAAGAUUGUUAAGGUUGGAAAAGAUCUCCAAGAUCAUGGAGUCAAACCUUUGACUAAACACCACCUGGUGAACUAAACCAGAGCACUGAGUGCCACGUCCAGUCAUUCCUUGAACACCUCCCUGGGCAGCCCCUUUUUAGUGCUUAUCCACUAAAAAUUCCCUAUUUCUGCCCAAGAACAUGCAAACCUCCUUCUCUCCCAUUCAUUCCCAUCUCUGUGCAUCCCUUCUGUACACAAGUUAAUUUUUUUUUUUUCCUGAAAUAUUCAGGCCUGCUAACCCACCCUCCAAAUCUUGCUGCCAGAGGCCUGGGAACAUUUCUGCUGUGCCAAACAAAAAAAGUCAAAGCACUUUUGUUCAGGGAAUAAAAUCUGCACCAUCUUCCUGGUCGCCCUUGAUAAAUUACUGCACCCAUCUGUGCAGGCAGUUAAGGGAUGAUAUUUGUAGCUGUCAGGAUGCUUCCUUCUGGCAUAGGAAGCUGCAGCCCUGCCCUUGCAGCCAGCUCUGAGUGGGCUGAGCUGCAUCCUGGCACAGAUCCCUCCUUCAGUCUACACCUUUUUUUUUUUUUUUGCAGAGAUGGUAGAAUUUGCCCAUGCAAUUCUCUCAGGACAAGCUUGGGCACUGCAGGUCACCUGGUGGAGGUGUAAAAGCUGCUGCAGCUGUUUCCUUGUGUGUGCUUCCUGCUGAAAAUAACCCGUGGUGGAGCCAGUGCAGGUGUCCUGCUCUUCCUAUUAAAAGAGACCUGGAGACAUCUUUUAUAUUUGUGUCUCCCUUUGAUUGCCUGAGAGCUACUGUGAAUGGUUUGCCAAGGCUAAACUAGAGUCACUUACAGUGAUUUAGACUUUUUUUUUUUUUUCCAAAGAGAAACUGGGUGUGUGAGGGAGAGGACAGGAGGAUUUUUAUCUUUUUUUUUUUUUUUUUUUUUUUUUUAACAAGACCUAGUGGAAAAUGUGCUCAAGUAAUCAUUCAGGCUGGGAGCCCUAUUUCUUAUUUCAUUCCCAAGCAAAGACUCAUGGAAUCUCUGGGAUCAUUAUAAGUUUCAGAGAUAAGGAGAGGGGUCUUUACAGCAGAUGCUGAAAAAUCCUUCAGGGCUCUGAGGGGGGAGAAAGGAGCUCAGAAAUCCUCCCUUAUGCAAUGGUCCUGUUUGAUUUUCCUGCAGGCACAGGCAAGGCCAGUGUUAUCAGCAUGGAAUGCCUGUAAUGUCUGUGGGAAGGGCUUUUUCCAAAAAGCAGUGAAAGUGGAGCUGUUCCCAAGGGGAGCUGAGGGGAUCCAACAUCCAGCAUGGUAAAAACAUGGAAGAGAGACAGGAAAACAGAUUUUAUUGUUUUGGAGUUAUUUGUUUUUAUUGCUUUUCUUUUCAUUGAAAAGAAGGAUCCUUCCUUCCUUCCUUCCUUCCUUCCUUCCUUCCUUCCUUCCUUCCUUCCUUCCUUCCUUCCUUCCUUCCUUCCUUCCUUCCUUCCUUCCUUCCUUCCUUCCUUCCUUCCUUCCUUCCUUCCUUCCUUCCUUCCUUCCUUCCUUCCUUCCUUCCUUCCUUCCUUCCUUCCUUCCUUCCUUCCUUCCUUCCUUCCUUCCUUCCUUCCUUCCUUCCUUCCUUCCUUCCUUCCUUCCUUCCUUCCUUCCUUCCUUCCUUCCUUCCCCCAGUAUCUCUUUUCACUUCCCUGUGUCUGAAGAGCAGGGUAAAUAUUUUCAGCAGGAAAAUCCUGAGCAGUGUUUAAUAAUGGUCAUAAUAUUGAUUUUCCUCUGGUGUAACCCAAGAUCAUGCACUUAUUGUUGACCAGUGAUGAUGAAAGAAACAAUGUUUAUUUGUUUGUCAGAAAAAUGAUCUUUUAAAUUUUAAGCUUAUUUAAUAAACUUUUAAUAUUUUAUUUAAAUAAUUAAAAUAUUUAAAUAGCUGAAUUUUGCUUAAAAUUCAGCUGUUUUUUAAUACUUUUGCUGCCUUCAGAAGGUGUGAUGGGUGAGACUGACAAAGCCAAGCCAACAUCUUUUUAAUCACUAUUCUUUCCAUGUAAUAUGCAGAAAUAUCUUGUGUCAUUCAUUGCUGUUGUGCCCAAGGUGAAAGCUGGUUAUUCCUUUAAUUUAUGGAAAAAUGGUGAGCAGAAAGGAAUGUGUCCUGGUCAUUGCUAGCUCCUUGUUUGGAGGGGCAGAGCUCUGAGAGCUGGGACAGCAUCAUCAGCCUGAUGUUCUCUUCUUGUUCAGAGAUAAUAAUAUUAAAAAUAAUAAUAUAAUAAUGAAAUAAUCCUGCAGGCAAUUGCAGGUCUCACUUCCACCUCUGUGCCUGCUGCCAGCAGUUUGUGGCUUUGCAUCAGCAUUAAAAAAGUCACCCUUGAGGGUGACCCAAGUCCUGCUCGACCUCUUGGCUGGAGCUUUUGAGUCCAGGAGUGUUCCAAAUGCCUUGAAUCCAGCUGCUGACUGUUCUGAUACUGCACCUCUGUAUUUUUGGGGUUAAAUUCCAGUGGAAGAUGUCCCUGCCCGUGGCAAGGGGGUGGGAAUGGAUGUUCUCCAGCCCAACCCCAGCCAUUCUGUGGCUCCAUGAAACCCAUCUCUGAUGGAUUGGGAGCAGGGACCUGACACAAGCUCCUGAAACCAUCCUGCCCCCGUUUCCAGGGAGGUGGAAUUGUCAUUUCAAGUGACCUGUGCAAGAUGUCUCUUGCUGCCUUCAGGAUGUUUUGUCCCCACACCAGUCUCCAAUGGCCUGACUGUCCAUGAGCAUUUGAUUUGUCACUGCUGGAGCUCUGCUGAGGAGCAGAUGAGUUCGGGUUGAAAUGUCAGGGAUUCAGCUUUUCAGGGAUUUUUCUGCUCCUCUUUGCAGAGUGGUUUCCCAAGUGAAUGCUUUCAGCUGCUGCACAGAAUUUCCCUCAACGUAAUGAUUUUCUUUGUGUGAAUGAGAAACUGAUCUCGUAAUUCACAGGAUCAUAGAAUUGUUUAGGUUGGAAGAGAACUGCAAGUUCCCUGAGUCCAACCAUUAACCCCAAAUUUGUCCCUAAGCACCACAUCUGCACAUUUUUUAAACACUUUCAGGGACAGUGACUCCAGCACUUCCUUGGGCUGCCUGUUCCUGUGCUUUACCACCCUUUUUAUGAAGAAAUUUUUCAUAAAUGCAAUCUAGACCUCCCCUGGUGCAACUCAAAGCCAUUUCUUCUUGUCCUGUUGCUUUUCACCUGGGAGAAGAGACCAAGCCCCAUCUCACCACACCCUCCUGCCAGGGAGUUAUGGAGUGCAAUGAAAUCCCCCCUGAGCCUCCUUUUCUCCAGACUAAACCCUUCCUCUGCUCCCUAGGCUGCUUUGAAUAAGAAUAUAUUAAUUGAAUAAUUAAUUACUUAAAACAUAAAGUUACCCUGCUGGAAAAUGUGAUUUAAGAAAAAGCAGAUGAUUGCAUGUAAGGCAAAUCCAUUUGUUUAAACAAAACCACUGUGCUAGUGAGUUUAUAUGUAUCAGCUAAAUUAAAUUAGCUUUUGCAGCUGAGGCCUCAGAUCAUGAAUUUUAAAACAAUCAAAAUAGUAUUAGUGGCCUUUUGCAAAAUUAGAUUCAUUUUCCUAUGAAAGACAUCAUAAAACAAUCAGAAAUGCAAGUAGAACUGUAAACACAAAACUGCAGUGUACAUUUACUUAUUUUUAAAUUUUUUUAUAGGCUGAUAAAAGAAUUCAGGCAAUUUGGGGGCAGUUUGUCUGCAGAAGCUGAGCACUACCCCAAUGUUUUUAUGCAUUCUGGGUUAGAAGUUCAUUAAAUAUUUUUUUUAAUGAAUAGCUUUGAAAAGGUCAUCUAAAAGUUACUAAAAAAGGAGGAGUAGAGAAAUCAGCAGAGCUGGCAGUGUCUUAGAGUUGGUUGCAUUUCAGCACACUCUAUUUCUUCCAAGAUCAGUUUUUGGAUGCAUAAAAAUUAAUACUUUUUUUUCCCACAACCCUAAUUCAUCAACACAUUCUCAGUGUAAAUUAGGAUUUUCAAAUCUGUGCAUGAAGGAUUUGGUCUCACAGCUCCUCUGACUCAGACUUAUUGAGGAGGCACAACCCUCCCAGGCACUUCUGAAAAUACAGAAGUGGAUUUUUGCAAUGGAAGUUUUGCCUUAUUUCAGAGUGGAAGGGGACAAAAGGGCUCCUGGUGUGUGCUGGAUGUGACAGGAAUGCUGCUCCUCACGGAUGUGUGCAGGUGACAAUGCAAUGCUCAUUUCAAAGGCGUGACAAUGUUUGUAUUAUUUGCAUAGAACAUGAGCCAACACUUCCAUGUUUGAUAUUUUAUUAGUAAAGAAUUUUGCUACCACA